UUCGAAACCGGUUCAUUCUCGAUGACUGAUGUUUCUUGAAGUUUGAGUUUUAUUUACGUAAAUAAAGUUGUUUUUGUUUUGAACGAAAUGGAUGACGAUUUUGAAUAUUACAUUACUUUUCCAGUAAUCGCUGAACCUGUAAUUAAUAAAGAACCUGUUAUUAUUUUGUUUGGAUGGGCCGGUUGUGUUGAUAGAUAUUUAGCAAAAUAUAGUGAAAUAUAUCAAAAGAAAGGAUGUACUACUAUUCGUUAUAUAACAUCUCCUAAUGUUGUUUCGCCGAGAUGUAUUGAUGAGAAGAAAAUUCACAAUCUUGCUGGAAAUGUUAUAAAUUUAUUACUUGAUAUGAAGUUUGACAAGCAUCCUAUAUUUUUUCAUGUGUUCAGUAAUGGUGGUGCUACUGUAUACAGAUACGUUUCAGAAUUAAUGAGAAAAAAACAUCCAGAUGAUUUUCAGAUCAAAGGAUGCAUUUUUGACAGUUGUCCUGCUAAAGUAAGAGCAUCCGGUUUUAUCCGAGCAACUCUGGCUAUGACAGAUGGCAGUCUUGUCAAGAGAUACAUGAUUGCCUUUGUAGCCUUAGUGCGUGCCAUGAUCCUUGGUGUCUAUAGUGCACUGCUGAGCUUCUUCACUGGGAAAAUCAAUUAUUACUUGCUGUGGAAUGCACUUGUGGAGGAACCCAAUAUUUGUCCCCAACUGUUUCUCUUCUCAAAAGCGGACAACGUCUGUUGUUGGGACACUAUCCAAGAAUUUGCUGACUACAGGAAAAAGAAGGGAGUUGAUGUUAAGGUAGUUUUGUUUGAAGAAUCUGAGCAUGUUAAACAUUUGGUUAAGUAUAGAGAUGAAUAUCUGAAUCAUGUCUAUAGCUUUAUAGAUGAAAAUGUAGAAUCGGGUAGCCCUUGCAAUUAACAGAAAAUGUGAAUAAUAACUGAGUGGUAUUUGUUUGAAUGGAUUUGCACCUUAAUUUAAUGAAGUAGAAUAUUUUCAUGAAAUAUGUGUUUUCAUUUGUUAUAGGGUGUCAAGAAAAUAUAAUUUGCUGGGAUUGGUGCAUAUAUUUUAUUAAACAUAAAGAAUACUUUCUCAGAUUUGUCGUAGUGUUUCAGGUGCUUACUUAAGAAAUAUUUUAUUUAUUUGCUUUUUGGUUUUAUGCACAAAUAUUAAAUUCUGGUCAUAAUUUUAACAUUUAAAUUUGUUACUUGCAUUUUAAAAAUGGCUAACUUUAAAAAAUUUGAUAGGAUUGUAACUUUUAGUUCUUGGCAAUUUAUAAUUCAUUGCAUCUACACAAUGUAUUAUUUCAGAAACUAAAUUUGUUACAUUUAUAAACCUUUUUUUAUUAUUAUUCAAAAACAUUUAGGCUUCAAAUUGAGUGUAAUUAUAGCAUAUAAUUGAGAAUUCUUAAAAUACAACUUAAACAUUUAUUAUUCUGAAAAAAUACUUUAAAAAAAACGUAUGAUAUAUAAACAGUCGUUUUAAUUUUU